AUGAGGAAGCCCGAGCAGUCAACAGGAAAAAACAGCACCUAUAAUAAUAAUAAUAACAGCCCUAAUAAUAAUGGGGUGAUGAAGCUGAGAAAGGGGCUGUGGUCGCCGGAGGAAGACGAGAAGCUGAUGAGAUACAUGAUGAGCAACGGUCAGGGGUGCUGGAGUGACGUGGCAAGGAACGCCGGCCUCCAGAGGUGCGGCAAAAGCUGCCGUCUCCGGUGGAUCAAUUAUCUCCGGCCAGAUCUGAAGCGCGGCGCUUUCUCCCCACAGGAGGAGGACCUAAUUCUUCAUCUCCAUUCUCUUCUUGGAAACAGGUGGUCUCAAAUUGCGGCACGUCUACCUGGGCGUACUGACAAUGAAAUAAAAAACUUUUGGAAUUCCACAAUAAAGAAAAGAUUAAAGGCAACAUCUUCUUCAUCUCCAAACACGACUGACUCAUCUUUAGAGGCGGCCAUUGAUGAGCAUCAAGAUGCCCAUCUCAUGCAACAACACAACAUCAUCAUGGGCAUGCUCAUCGACUCAUCAUCUUCAUCAUCAUCAUCAUCCUAUUCAUAUUCAGCCAUGCAUCAUCAACCCAUUGCUCCAAUGUACAAUAAUCCCUAUCCUACCCCCAACCAUGCUUUUACUUACAUCCAAAGUGAUGGCUCGUACUUAAACGUACAACCAGGCAAUGCACAGGCUAGGGAUAUUACCAACACAAACCAAAGGGUGUUUGGCAGUGGGGAUAGCGAUGUAAUAAUCGGCUUGGAAGGGCAUCUCUUUGAUGUUUCUCGUUUGGAUCAAACCACAAACAUGACUCACCAAACAUUCAAUUUAGGGGAAAUUAGGAGUGAUGGUAACAUUAUUGGUAAUAACAUGAGUGACAUAGUUAACUACCAAAGUGAAAGUAACAUCAACAAAAUCAAAGUGGAAAAUGAAAAUCAUGAGGAACUAGGUAAUUUAGGGGGGUAUUGGGGAGAAGAAGAACUAAGAGAAUGGGAUUUGGAGGAAUUGAUGAAAGAUGUUCCUUCUUUUCCUAUUCUUGACUUCCAAGUUGAAUAAUCUUUUAAGCCUCUCACCAUACAUAUCUUUGCCCUAUUCUCUCAUCUUUGAUUCCUA